AUGACCCCCUUCUCAUCUGAAUCCAGAUCAGUGCUGUUGGGAGAGUGCCCGCAUGUGCCUCUGAGGGGCAUCUGCAGGGCAGCAGCCAGCGUGCCAGCGGCAGAGGCACCGGCUGCCUCUGAACAGGACCGGCAGAUGAGCAGCGCUAGUGGCAGCAGCAACGGGGCUUCACCGCGGGCCAAGGCGGCUGCGCUGACAUUCCAGGAGGCGGUGGCGCGCCUGCAGGAGUACUGGGCCUCUGUGGGCUGCGCUGUGUGGCAGCCCUUCAACUCAGAGGUGGGCGCAGGGACAAUGAACCCGGCGACAUUUCUGCGCGUGCUCGGCCCGGAGCCGUGGCGAGUGUGUUAUGUGGAGCCAUCGGUGCGGCCGGACGACAGCCGCUAUGGGGACAACCCCAACCGCCUGCAGCAACACACCCAGUUCCAGGUGAUCCUCAAGCCGGACCCGGGCAGGCCGCAGGAGCUGUACCUGGGCAGCCUGGAGGCUCUGGGCAUCGAUGUGCGCGCGCAUGAUGUGAGGUUUGUGGAGGAUAACUGGGAAAACCCCACUCUGGGCGCUUGGGGCCUCGGCUGGGAGAUCUGGAUGGACGGCCAGGAGGUGACUCAGUACACCUACUUCCAGCAAGCAGCUGGCCAGGCGCUCCCAGUGCCCAGUGUGGAGAUCACAUACGGCCUCGAACGCAUCCUUACAGCACUUCAGGGCGUGAAGCACUUCAAGGAUAUUCGCUACACGCCGACGCUGACAUACGGCGAGAUGCUGCUGCAGAAUGAGUAUGAGAUGAGCUGCUACAACCUCGACAGCGCUCAUGUGCCCUCCCAGCAGCAGCUCUUCCAGCUGCACCAGCAGGAGGCGCAGCGGCUGGUGGAGGCCGGGCUGCCCAUUCCAGCGUAUGGGCAGCUGCUGAAGCUGAGCCACGCGUUCAACAUUCUGGACGCGCGCGGAGCCGUGGGCGUCACCGACCGCGCCGCCUGCUUUGGCGCCAUGCGCACGCUCGCCCGCCAGAUUGCAGGGCUUUGGAUGAAGAGGAGGGAGGAGCUGGGCCACCCACUAGGCCAGGUAGAAGCACUGCAGCCGCCACAGCAGGGAGCGCCUCAGGGCGAGCUGGCCACCGGCCCUGCCGACUUGGUCGUGGAGAUCGGCUGCGAGGAGCUGCCGCCCGCUGAAGCUACCGCCGCUGCUGCACAGCUCGGGCAGUCGGUGCCGGCGCUGCUGCAGAGGCUGCGGCUGGCGCACGGGGAUGUGUCGGUGGAGACGACUCCGCGGCGGCUGGCCGUCAUCGUGCACGGUGUCAGCUGCUCGCAGCCCGACGUCGAGGAGAAGAUCCGAGGGCCGCCAGCCAAGGCCGCAUAUGGGCCGGACGGGCAGCCGACAAAGGCGCUAAUGGGCUUUGCGGCGAAGAACGGCGUUUCCAUUGAGGAGGUGACGCGGGAGGCGGACAGCAAGGGCACGGAGUACGUGUGGGCGGUGCGGAGACAGGCCGGCCGCCACGCAGCAGAGGUGUUGACGGAGGAGCUGGGGGCGCUUGUGGCGGGCCUGUCGUUUGGCAAGUCCAUGCGCUGGAACGGAACGAACGCCGCUUUCUCGCGGCCGGUGCGGUGGCUUUUUGGCCUGCACGGCGCGGCUUCCCUCCCCUUCUCCUUUGCAGGCCUGCAAGCAGGCCGGACCACUAGGGGUCUCAGGAAUGGGGCGCAGCCAGAGAUGGAAGUCGCGUCAGCGUCUGAAUACGCGGCCGCGCUGGAGGCGGCGGGGAUCCAGCUGGCGGUGAGUCAGCGCUCCGACCUGAUUUGGCGCGACGCGACGGCCGCGGCGGCCGAGGCAGGGGGAAUCAUACCGGAGUCUGCGCGGGAGGCGCUGCUGCAGGAGGUGACUCACCUCGUGGAGGCCCCCACCGUUGUGCGGGGGGACUUCAGCCCAGACUUCCUGCAGCUCCCCAGGGAGGUUCUGGUGAUGGUGAUGCGCAAGCACCAGCGCUACUUCCCGGUCUACAAGGCCUCUGGAGAGGCGCUGCUGCCGCACUUUAUCACCGUCGCCAACGGGCAGAUAGACGUGCCCACAGUGCGCACAGGCAACGAGGCGGUGCUGCGGGCGCGGUUCGAGGACGCGCAGUUCUUUUAUUCGGCGGAUCUGCGGCAGCCGUUGGAGGCGUUCCUGCCCAAGCUGGCCGGCACGCAAUUCCACAAGACGCUCGGCAAUCUGCUGCAGAAGUCUGAGCGCACUGCCGGCCUCAUCCGCCCUCUCGCACAGCUCACCGGGCUCACAGAAGCUGCUGAGGUGGCAGAGGCGGCCGCGCGGCUGGCGAGGGCCGACCUGGCGACGUCGCUUGUCACGGAGAUGACUGGACUGGCCGGCACGAUGGGGCGCCACUACGCGCUGCAGUGCGGCACCGCCCCCGAUGUGGCUGAGGCGAUAUUCGAGGCGGUGCUGCCGAGGCACGCGGGGGACGCUCUGCCGCGCACACCGGCCGGCAUUCUGGUGGCCGUGGCCGACCGCCUAGACAGCCUCGUGGGUCUCUUCGCGGCCGGCGCCGCGCCGUCCGCCUCCGCCGACCCCUUCGCUCUGCGCCGCAGCGCUUACGGCAUGCUCGAGGCGCUGGUGAGCAACGAGGUGCGUGUGGACCUGAGAGCGGCGCUGGCGGCAGCCGCAGUGGCGCAGCCGAUCCCGGCCGACGAGACGGUGGUCGCCGGCGUGCUGGAGUUUGUCACGCGGCGGCUGGAGCAGCUUCUUGUCGACGGCGGCUGCGGCGCAGAAGUUGUGCGCGCUGUGCUGUCUGAGCGGGGGGCGGACCCCUACGCAGCGGCCCAAUCGGCGCGCGAUCUGCAGGCUUGCAGUAGCGAGGGCGAGGCCGGGCGGCUGCCGCGGGUGAUGGCCGCCUUCGCGCGGCCGACGCGCAUCGUGCGCGGCAAGGAGGUGGAUGCAGCCUGGGCCGUGGACGAGUCAAAGUUUGAGCUGGAGGAGGAGCGCGCCCUUUGGGCAGCCUUCCGGGCAGUUGCCGGGCAGAUACGGCCCGACAUGAGCAUCCCAGACUUCCUCCAGGUGGCAGAGGCCCUUGUGGAGCCGGUGGACGCCUAUUUUGAGCAGGUCUUUGUCAUGUGCGAUGACGAGGCAGUGCGGCACAGCAGGCUGGCGCUGCUCAAGGACAUCGCAGCACUGCCCUCUGGCAUUGUCAAUUUUGCUAUGCUCCCAGGAUUCUGACUCUUAGGGACUUGGAUAUUGGUAAGCAGUAACAGGGAGAUCACAGGGGAAAUCCAGCAAUUCCAACUGGUUGUUUUGGCCGCACACAGUUAGGUCCAGGGCGCGGCUUUGCUAGCGGCCUGUGAGUUGGACUUAAUGCUGGCACAUUUGAAUCGUUGUAAAGCUUCCCUCGUUGUAU